GGGAAAUUGGCAAGAGACGAGCGUGAGCCGAAAGCGGCUGACGGCGCCAAACCGCCAAGGCACUGGCGGAGCUUGGACGAUCGACGAUUCGCCGUCCAGCUCAACCACCUCGCUCUUUUCCACGACGACAACAACAACUGCGACAACAGCGACGAGAACAACGAGAACAACAAACACGCCUCCCCAUCGAUGGAUCCAGUCACACUAGGUGAUCCCUCGCCCUCUGCCCGGCAGUCCAUUCUGGGUUCCUUUCUGCGCGGGAGACCCCGCGGCACCUCCCAGUCUCACCCCUCUCCACCCCACGACGCCGUCACCAGAGACUCUCCACCCCCCGCCAUUGCCCCCGUCGACCACGCUUCAGGCCACCGUCGUCGCCCAGCAGCAGCCUCCUCGAACCUUCAACCAUCCAUCUCGCAGUCCAACUCAACCCCCGGCUUCUCCCAGAUGCUUCGCAGACGACGCUCCGCAGGUACCGUCGCCGCUGCCUCGUCCCAUGCCCCCGCCGUAGCAGUCGCGCGCACUGUCACUGGCCCCGCGAUAUCGUCGUCCGCGCCUGCCGCCAGCAGCGGGCCAGCGCACCGCAUCCGCCUCGUGCCUCAUCUGGACUCGCGCCGGUCUCUUCGGUUCGACCCCAUCUCGCGCGACGUGCGCGAGAGCGAUACCCCACUGCGUAUAGGCCGAUUCACCGACCGCUCAGGACUGGGGCUAGCGGCAGCCAAUGCAAUGGGGUCCAACAAGCUAGCAUUCAAGAGCAAGGUCGUCUCCCGCGCGCACGCGGAGAUUUGGGUUGAAGCCGGGGGCAGGUUCUUCAUCAGGGACACGAAGUCGAGCAGUGGAACCUUCCUGAACCAUGUUCGAUUGUCGCCAGCGAACAACGAGUCACGUCCGCACGAGCUCAAGGACGGCGAUCUUCUCCAACUGGGUGUUGAUUACCAGGGCGGCACCGAGGACAUCUACAAGUGCGUGAAGAUCAAGGUUGAGGUUGGGAGAGAAUGGCAAAACCACACGAACCCCUUCAACGCGAACGCCCUGAGGCAACUCAAAUCGAUCGCCAUCCCACAACAGUCCACUUCUUCCGGGAAGAAGGUGGCAUCGAAAUCCACGCUGCCCGACUGCUGCAUCUGUCUCUUUGGCGUGACGAUCCACCAGGCCCUCUUCAUCGCACCCUGUUCACAUGCGUUCCACUACAAAUGCAUCCGCCCCCUCCUUGAGACGCAUCACCCCGCCUUCUCCUGUCCACUCUGCAGAACAUUUGCCGACCUGGAGGAGGAUGUUGAAGUCGAGGCGGACCAAGACUUCGAUGCGCAGUCCAUUGCGGAGUCGUCUGCUGCGAUCGCAGCGGUGGCGGUAGCGCUGACCGCUGUAGGCGACCGCCCAAACACCGGCGAUGGGAGUAGUCGGGAGCGUGACAGGGAGCGUGACGUCGGUGCGGAGACCGAGGUAGAAAUCGACAUGGGGGCCAGCCGUUCCGGUGUCCGCGGACGUCGUGCACCUCCACCCGGGGGCGCCGGUUCCGCGCGCAAUCCGUCGGCCGCCGUAGCGGAGGACGUGGACGCCGAGAUGGAGGACAUGGUCAUUUUGCCGCCCCUGCCGGAGAGCAAUUCUGCGCUUGCGAUUUCUCAAGAGUACAUCGACGGCGAUCGCAUGGUCGACAUCAGGGAGAACUCUGACUCCCCGGUCCCUGGCCCUGCUCGUUCGAACGGGCGGGGCACCCCAGGUGGAUACUCGGAGGGCGACUUCGAGGUCGAGGGCGGCUCAAGCGAUGGCAGCGGACAUGCCAUUGAGCACGCUGGCUCUAUGCCCGGCAAGCGCAAGCGGUGACAACAUCACCCUUCACGCAUACCCCCUCCACCCUCUCGCGCUGCUGCUUGGCGACCGCGGGCGUUGCAUGUACGCCGCUACGAACGCGAACAUUCUGGCUAGCACCCCGUAUACCUCCCUCCUCCGUCCUGCCGUGAAUACACCCAUGAUCUCGGUACUCCUCCCCCCUUUUCCCGUCUGGCACGCGCAAGUGUAUAUCCACCCCGUUGUAUCCGGAAACUCGUAGAAUUGUUUUGUGCUCUGAUGAUAUAGUCUGUCUCUCCGUGUGGUUUCUACAGCCCUUAUGCCUCCUCUCCUACGACCGAACAUGACGGUAC